AUUUAGCUAGCAACUAGGAGCACUACACGUUUUUUGAUCUUUACUCUAUCAUCUGCUGGCUGCUGCCUUUUCAAAACUCUGGUUUUUGGAGAUAAAGUUGUGGUUUUUUUGGCGGUGGUGCUGUUUUUGGUAACUGGGUUUGCUUUGAUUUUGUGAAAGAUGAGCGAUAAGUGGAGGUUCAAUCGGUUUAGAGACCCUUUGGGUGUGGUGGUUGUGUGGUUGCUGUUUCAGAAUCUGAGCUUGUGUUGGUGUUUGAAUGAUGAAGGUUUGGCGCUUUUGAGGUUUAGAGAGAGAGUGGUGAGUGACCCAUUUGGUGCUUUGUGGAAUUGGAAUGAUGAAGAUGGAGAGGUUGACCCUUGCUGUUGGUUUGGGGUUGAAUGCUCAGAUGGAAAAGUUGUAGUCUUGAACUUGAAAGAUCUUUGUCUUGGAGGAACGUUAUCACCUGAGCUCAGAAACCUUGUUCAUAUAAAGUCUAUUAUUUUGCGCAACAACUCCUUUACGGGGAUAAUUCCUGGAGGGAUCGGAGAGUUGAAGGAACUGGAGGUGUUGGAUUUAGGAUAUAAUAACUUCAGUGGACCACUUCCGGUAGAUCUUGGCAGCAAUUUUUCAUUGACAAUCCUGCUACUAGACAACAACAGGCUCCUUGAUAUCUUAUCUCCUGAAAUUUUUGCACUGGAGAUGCUUUCGCAAUAUCAAGUCGACGAAAACCAACUUUCUGGUGCAAACAGAGAAUCAUCUUGCAAUGAAAGAUCCAAUUCAUGGAACUUUGCUAAUACUGAACAUCAUGGGAGACUGCUUGAAGCAGAAUCCUCACCUCCAAAUCGUCCUGGCUUGGAUCCACCCCACAAACGACCAAAGACACCAUUCCCUGCACCUUCACCUUCACCUUCACCUUCACCUUCACCUCCAACCAUACCUGCUUCACCUUCAACUUCCUCUCCUAGUCCUUCCCCAGGAAGUUUCCUAAAGAAAAAAAGUUCCAGUCAUCAUGUUUUGAUAAUGGCUGGAGCCAUAGGGGGUGGUGCUUCUCUUGUAAUUUUAGUUGUUGGGUUGUAUUUCUAUGGAUGCAACAAGGUAGCUACUGUCAAUCCUUGGGCAACAGGAUUAAGCGGGCAGCUUCAGAAAGCCUUUGUAACUGGUAUUGCUUCUUUCAAAAUGGAGAAAAUUGAUCUCUGUGUACCAAAUCUUAAGAGAUCAGAGAUUCAAGCGGCUUGUGAAGAUUUUAGUAAUGUUAUAGGUACUUCUUCACCAAUGGGUACAGUGUACAAAGGAACAUUAUCCAGUGGUGUCGAAAUUGCUGUGGCUUCCCUUGCCACAACAUCUGCCAGUGAGUGGAGCAGCAAUUUAGAGUUGCAGUUUAGGAACAAGAUCGAGACAUUAACAAAAGUGAACCACAAGAAUUUUGUCAGCCUUAUUGGAUAUUGCGAGGAAGAAGAACCUUUCACUAGAAUGAUGGUUUUUGAAUAUGCUCCCAAUGGCACACUUUUCGAGCAUUUACACAUAAGAGAAGCUGAACACUUGGACUGGAGAAUGCGAAUGAGAAUCGCAAUGGGAAUGGCCUACUGCCUUGAGCAUAUGCACCAGCUGAAGCCACCCAUAGCUCACAACAACUUGACUUCUUCAGCUGUCCUGCUAACCGAAGAUUAUGCACCAAAGGUCUCAGAAGUCACUUUCUGGAAUGAGUUAGCUGAAGCCGAGAAGCAAUCAUCUGGCUCAAGACUUUCUAAUGCACAAUCAACAAGCCUGAAAAGUAAUGUGUACAAUUUUGGUGUAAUUUUGUUUGAAAUUGUGACGGGUAGACUCCCUUAUUCAGUGGACAAUGGCUCACAAGACUGGGCCUCUGACUAUUUGAGUGGGGAGCAUCCCUUCAAGGGAAUGGUAGAUCCAACUCUAGAAUCUUUCCAAGAGGAGCAGCUGGAGCAAAUUGGAGAAGUAAUAAGAGUUUGUGUUCAUCAUGACACUCAACAAAGAUCGACAAUGAGCGAUGUCGCUGCAAGGCUGAGAGAGAUAACUGGAGUUACACCUGAUGCAGCAAGCCCAAAACUCUCCCCUCUUUGGUGGGCAGAGAUUGAACUCAUGUCUGCAGACGCAAACUAGAAGCUUAACAGUAGAUUGUAGGUAAGUUCUACUUGUAUAUAACUGAGAUAGGGUGUCAAAUCUAGUUAACCUGUACUACGGUGUUUCUUGUUCAGCUAUAAAAUGUGUAAAAAAAUGUGAAAAUCACAGCUUGUGAAAUAGUAUAUUUGUUCAUUCAACUAUGAUGAAAUGAGAAAACACCUUUAUCCAGGGGC